CACCAUUCAUUCUGCAGGACGGACACGCACGAGAGGACCGGGACAGUCUAAGCGACAUGAUGGCGGAGGGGAGCCGGGGGAAACGAAGGAAGCAGGCGAACCCGAGGAGAAACCAAGGAGAGGUGGAGGGCGUGCUCUCCCUGGGCUCUGAGGGGGAGGAUGAGGCAGGCGGCUGGAUCCUGGAGCCCCCGGACCGCCUGGACCAGACCCCCAGCACCGAGGGCACAGAGGCAGGCAGCCCCGCUUGCUCGGCCCAGAACCACAGCCUGAACCUGGGCCUCAGCCCCACCGCGCACUGGGCGGAGGGGGCCAGAGCUGGAGCCUGUUUGAACGGCACAGAGAGAGAAAAGGGCUCCUUCACCAUGUUCAACCACAGUCCAGAUAGCCAGUCCUCGGACAAUGUGGCCCAUUACGACUUCCUGGUGCAGCUGAGGACAGCCUCCAGCCCGGCCCGGCUGCUUGGACCCCGGCUCCACACCGGCUCCAGCACCCCCACGUCCAUGCUCCACCCUGGGGGCCGGCACAGGCACAGAGAACAAGUGCACCUCUGGUCAGCCCGGGCCCAGCACUCACCUGAGGGAGCAGACCUGAGUCCAGAGGGCUCUAGGACCCAGCAGCUCUGCCCCUUCUGCCAGAGGAGCUACCAGCAUGGGGCGUUGCUACGGGAACACAUGCAGUUCUGCCCAGAGAGGGAGGGUCCUCAAGGUGACUACACUGCCUCCUACAGGACACAGGUGGAAAUGCAUAUGCCUCUGCACAGCCCAUCACAGGACAAGCCCCAUGUGACUGACCACCUGACGGAGAGCAGGAAGUUCAAGUGUCUGCAGUGUGGGAAGGCCUUCAAGUACAAACACCAUCUGAAGGAACACCUGCGCAUCCACAGUGGUGAGAAGCCGUAUGAAUGUUCCAACUGCAAGAAGCGUUUCUCCCACUCUGGCUCCUACAGCUCCCACCUUAGCAGUAAGAAGUGUCUGAACGGACCUGGAGGAGGAGGAGGAGGAGAAGUGUCAAACGGCCAGCCAAUCUUCCGCUCCUCCCCAACACUGCCCUCCGCAGGCGGAAGGAGGAACAGUGGAGGGGGCUCUCCGUAUGGUACCCAGCCCCAGGACCGAGCCCAGAGACUGGGCUUGGGAGAGAAUCUCUCCCCCCUGGACCUUGGCAGCUCCAGGGCGCCCGGCCGGGUGUGGGACCCCAACGGGGAGUUCUCUCUCCUGGGCAGUGGGUUCCAGGGCUCUAGCCUGCUGCCUUACCUCCACUCCGGCCCUCGCUUCCAACAGGCCUUGCAGGCGAUUCUCCAAAGGGAGGUGGAGGAGGUGGGAGGAGGACAGUUCAGACCAGAGGAGGCCACGGCCAUCCACAACGGCGAGCACGAGGACAAGGCGUCUCCUGAUAGGUCGGCGAGGCAGCACGAGGGGGCGGAGCUUGGCGAGGUGGGCGGGGUUACGUGUGAGGGCUGCUCCCAGCUCUUCCCCAGCGCUGCUGUACUCCUGCAGCAUCAGAGAUACCUGUGCAGGACCAGCCGGCCGUCCGCAGAGAUGCCCGAGGGUCCUCGCGGUAAAGACCGCCUUUCCUUUCCCAGACCCCCAGACCUCCACCACCCUCCUGCCAUCCCCAACCUCCUCCCCAGGGACAGCUCCCCCCUCCCCAGACACGGAUGGCACUCCCUCCCCCAGCAGCUCCUGGUGGCUCUACAGCCCCGCCCCGAACCCCUGGCCUUGCGCUCCUAUUGGCCCAGCCAGGAGAAUGGCGGCCCCGGGCAGCCUAUCAGCCCCGUCCUGAUGGAGAUGUCGUCUCCAGGCAGACUGAAGAGAGGGAGGAUCUGCUCCUCUGGGUUCGGCUCGUCAGCCUGUCUGGACCUGUCCCCCGGCCCAUCCCCCCUCUCCCCACCCCCCGGCCGGGCAGCGUCCCAGAACAGGGCCCCCUGGUGGGCAGGGACCAGUGGGCCGACAGGGUCCCAGAACGAGCCCCUGGACCUCUCCCUGCCCAGGGAGCGAGGCCGGGCCUGCAACGGCCACCCUGCGCCUGGAGAGACGGGAGAGAGCAGAGAUGGAGGAGAGAGGAGAGAGAGAGGGGGGAGAGAGAGCAGAGAGAGAGAUGAGAGGGGGGAGAGACUCCAGGACCAGCACCCCAACACCCCCCCUCCUCACCCCUCCCACCCCCAUCCUACCCACAGCGGAGCCACUAUGCUGGGGGGGUCUGUGUUCAGCAGCUACCACCCCCUGUUCCCCCCCCUGCUCCAGGCUGGCCUGGGGGGGGCGGGGCAGGACACAGGCCCCUCCCUCGCCCUCCGAAGGCCUAGGCUCCUCCCACAUUUGCCGUUCCUCAGGGACUCAGAGAUCGACGCUGUCAUCCAGAAGAUGCAGCAGGAGAGACAAGGGGCGGAGGUUGUGGGUCGUGGCGGGCUGGACUUCCUGUCUGGAGGGGAAGUGGGUGAGGGAGGCAGGACCAGGAGGAGGCUGAGGAAGACGGAGGAGGGACUGUACGCCUGCAACAUUUGUGACAAGACGUUCCAGAAGAGCAGCUCACUGCUCCGCCACAAAUACGAACACACAGGUAAACGACCCCACGAAUGUGCCAUCUGCCAGAAGGCCUUCAAGCACAAGCACCACCUGAUCGAGCACAGACGGCUCCACUCCGGGGAGAAACCGUACCGCUGCGACCGCUGCGGCAAGCGGUUCUCCCACUCCGGCUCGUACUCGCAGCACAUGAACCAUCGCUACGCCUACUGUAGCCGUGACAACGACCCCGACCUCGACUUUGAGGACCCACCUUUGACCCCCGGGGCUGAACCACGUAGUCUGGGAGAGGGCACCCCGACCCCGAACGCCACCCCGACUUUCCUGAGUGACUGCAGCCUGGAUGAGCAUGGUGGUGGCCUCGAGGAGGAGGAGGAGGAGGAG